CAUCAGCUUUGGCGCUCGCUCCCAAUUCCCUCGCAGACUUUUGUCUCGACCAGUAGGCGUUCGUAAGCAGAGGGCGAUGGAACAAAGCGAUACGUCCGGAGACGCUGCUCGGCCGUGGCAAUCCUACCACACCGUUUACACUAUUGCCAAAGCAGGAAUGGAAGGAGUUGACAAGGAGAAAGUACAAAGGAUAGUUUAUGAAAUGAGCAAAGGUUCAAAGUUUUUUGAGAAUGAAGAACGCAAGGAGGCUUUUAUUAGGCAGAAAAUAGAGAACCUACAGGCUCAGUGCGCAAAGCUUGCUGAAGCUGACAUAUCUAACUAUCAGAAGGUGGCGGAGAAAAGAAUUCUUGAGCUAGAAGCUGCACGUGACCUGUCGAGGGUUUGGUUACAUGUAGAUAUGGAUGCUUUCUAUGCAGCAGUUGAGACUUUAAGUAACCCUACAUUAAAGGGCAAACCAAUGGCUGUUGGUAGCAUGUCUAUGAUAUCAACUGCCAACUAUGAGGCCCGGAAAUUUGGUGUUCGUGCUGCAAUGCCUGGAUUUAUUGCGUGUAAAUUGUGUCCACAGCUAAUUUUUGUUCCAACAGAUUUCAAAAAGUAUGCUUAUUAUAGUGAUUUGACCAGAAAAGUAUUCCAGAGAUAUGAUCCUAAUUUCAUGGCUGCCAGUCUGGAUGAAGCAUAUCUUGAUAUAACUGAGGUUUGCAAAGAAAGGAGUAUCACAAGUGGAGAAAUUGCCGAAGAACUCAGAGCCUGUGUAUAUGAAGAAACUGGUCUCACAUGUAGUGCAGGAGUGGCACCAAAUCGCUUACUUGCUAAGGUUUGCUCAGAUAUAAACAAGCCAAAUGGGCAGUUUGUAUUACCAAAUGACCGCAUGGCUGUUGUAACAUUUAUAUCAUCCCUUCCUAUUCGUAAGAUUGGGGGCAUUGGUAAAGUUACUGAAGAUAUUUUGAGCGGUGUUUUGGGAAUUAAAACAUGUGAGCAGAUGCUUCAGAAGGGUGGCUACCUCUGUGCUCUUUUCUCUCAGUCAACUUCAGACUUUUUUCUCUCUGUGGGUUUGGGACUUGGGGCAACAGGUACACCCCAAAUAAGGUUGCGGAAGAGCAUUAGUAAUGAGAGAACAUUUUCAGCCACUGACGAUCAAGCACAGUUGUUUAAAAAAUUAGAAGAACUUGCUGAAAUGCUGUCUUCAGACAUGCGCAAGGAGGGCCUUUUUGGGCGAACUUUAACCCUUAAACUGAAAACUGCAUCUUUUGAGGUUCGGACUAGGGCUGUGACUUCACAGAAGUACAUGAGCUCAAGGGAUGAUAUCAUGAAACAUGCUGUAAAGCUUCUAAAAGCUGAACUUCCUAUCUCCUUAAGAUUGAUAGGUCUACGAGUAUCACAUUUCAAUGAAGACAAGUGCGGUGCUCCAUCUGAUCCGACACAGAAGACCAUAACCAAUUUCAUUGCUUCCAGGGGUGCUAAUAAGCAUAGCAGUUUUUUGCUUCCAGAUGUUACGGAUAAUGACUCUGUAGAAACAUCGGUCAAUGAUGCUUCAAGUUCUGACUACAGUGAAGUUACAGAAGUGCUAGGAUCAGAUCUUUGUUCUUUUAGAGUCCAGUCUGAGAAUUGCUGCCUUGACAACGUAACUUGCAAGUCUGAUCUUUCAGAGGAUGGGCAACUUGAUUCGUGUCAGGAAGGGUCAUUAUUGUGGUUCAAUGACUAUAAAUGUUCAAUCUGUGGAAUAGAACUGCCUCCAAGUUUUGUUGAGGAAAGACAAGAGCACUCUGAUUUUCAUCUUGCUGAAAAGCUACAAAAGGAAGAGUCUAGCAUUCAACCAAGGACCACUAUGUUGAGUCAAAGUCAGAUUCGGAGAGGAAAAAAUAUCACAACACGGAGUAAAUCCAAGAAGCAAAAGUUAUCUCAGAAAGAAGGUGUCCUGACUCCUGCUGUUGUCCGUACUCCAUUUACAACAACCUCCUUAGCUCUAAUUUGAUCGUUGGUAUCGGCUUCCUCUUUUCGCUGGAAGUCCUGAAGGGUGAGAGAUGACUCGUCCUGGAGCUCCACCCAACUGUGCAAGAAAGGAGGAGGAGGUGCAGUUUGGCUGAAGAAAGGAGUGCCACCUGUCGAGUAAGCCCCACAGAGGAAAUAGACAUCUGUCCCUUCAAAUUUAACUGGAGUUGCGGGGUGCUCCGGUUUAAGUAGUUGAUUAAUUAUUUUGCACUAUUUCAUAAGAUAAGGGAUCAUCUGUUUUUUGAAAGAUAGUCGACGGGUAAAGUUUCUCCUCUACCUUUUUGUUUUCUGUUUUUUGUUUUUAAAUUCUUUCUAUGAAUUUGGUUUUGCUAUCUAUGAAGGCAUUACCUUGUAUGAUUGGCUAGUCCUUUUGAGUUUAAUGUUGGUAAGAGAUGUUUUUUUUAUUCAUAAAAUUAUUUUUAAUUUAAA